CAUGCGCCACCGUCUCACCUGAACUUGUUAAAAAUGGCUCAUCCUUCUUUUCGUGAUGUUAACGACUCGGUCCCCGUAACUCCUCUCAACGUUACGUUCACCGAGGAUGCGCUGCGCGUGUUCUCCAACAGCAGCGACAAGGCAGCAGCCAGGGACACCACACGCCUCAUCAUCGCCGUGUGCAUCACGGGGCUCUACUCCCUCAUCUGUGUGGUGGGACUGCUCGGAAACGUGCUCGUGAUGUACGGGGUGGUCAGGUACACCAAGAUGAAGACCGCCACCAACAUCUACAUCUUCAACCUGGCUCUCGCUGACGCUCUCGCCACGAGCACCCUCCCUUUCCAGAGUGCCAAGUAUCUGAUGAGCACGUGGCCCUUCGGGGAGGUGCUGUGCAAAGUGGUCAUCGCCAUCGACUACUACAACAUGUUCACCAGCAUCUUCACGCUCACCAUGAUGAGCGUGGACCGCUACAUCGCCGUUUGUCAUCCGGUGAGAGCCCUGGACUUCCGCACACCCGCCAAAGCCAAGCUCAUCAACGUCUGCAUCUGGAUCCUCUCCUCUGCCGUCGGAGUCCCUGUGAUGAUCAUGGCUGUUACCAAGGUGACAGUUACAGGAAACACUUCUUGCGAACUCACAUUUCCCAGCCCCGAGUGGUACUGGGACACAGUGAUGAAGAUCUGCGUGUUCAUCUUUGCCUUCGUGGUUCCCGUCCUGGUCAUCACCGUCUGCUACGGUCUGAUGAUCCUGCGGCUCAAGAGUGUCCGUCUGCUCUCCGGCUCCAAAGAGAAGGACAGGAACAUGCGGCGCAUCACCCGCAUGGUUCUGGUGAUCGUGGCGGCCUUCAUCGUCUGCUGGACUCCCAUCCACAUCUUCAUCAUUGUCAAGACCAUGGUGAAUAUUGACCGCAAGAACCUCCUCGUGGUGGCCAGCUGGCAUCUGUGCAUCGCGUUGGGCUACACCAACAGCAGUCUCAACCCCGUGCUGUACGCCUUCCUGGAUGAGAACUUCAAAAGGUGCUUUCGGGAUUUCUGCCUGCCCUAUCGCUCUCGCCUGGAGCAGAACAGCUUCUCCAGAGCGCGCAACAGCACCAAGGAGCCCGUGUCUGUUUGUGCUCCUGCUCCUGCACACAGGCCGCCGGCCUGACUAGGCAUGGAUCAGCGGGGGGGGAGACGAGUUCAGGAUGACCUCCAGACGGAGGUCACACAGUUCUCCACCACAGGAGUCUGAGUCGGCAGGUGUAGGCUUUUGACCAGCUAUUCACAAUGACCAGGUGUGUUUUUAGGUCUCAUGUGAUGAAACCUGUGAGACAUUCACAAUGAUCACACACACACCUGUGCAUGGGGGGGUACACCUGUACAGUCUUGGAAAGUGUACAAAGCAUUUGCACAACGCAGCCCUGUGAACAAACACGCGUACAGAGCCGUCAGAAAGUAUCGGUGUCGUGGUGUGUUUUUCAUUGUUUUGUCUGCGCAGUAAUAAAUAGGAGCUUUAAAGGGUGUUUGUAGGUCUUCACAUUCAUAAUAAGCGAACAAUGAUCACAUUGUCAUGCAGGACAUUCUAAACACACAGACAUGGCCACCAAGAGGAGUCUCUUUGUGACCAAACGGUGGUCAAUGUAUAAUUGGCAGAGUCAGUUAUGUGACCCCAAUUUUAAUAGACCAUUUGUUUUGCUUGAUGAAGACAGGAAUGACUCCAAAACUCCCGCGCAGCAGCAAGAAGGCACGAUGGGUGCUGCUCCAGAUCAACAGGGAAGAUGAUGCCAUCUGCUUCAGAGCGGAGGCCUCGGACUUCAUCGUCAGCUCAAUAUUACAGAUGAUGAUUUUAUGUUUGCUUGUAAAAUCACUGUCUAGUCCCUAAAGUUGGGGUACUAUAAAGGAUGUGACACCUUCAAAUGAAACCUAAGAUAACUAUGUUGUUGGCCACUUGUGGGCAGAGGAAAUAGCCGUAAACAUUUGACAUAUACAUUACCUUUUAGGUUUGAUGACAAACUUUCACAUUACACAUUUUAAGUCUGUUCACGUUUCUUUCAUCUGCUUUGGCAGACGCCAACGAGAGCCGAGAGAGUGAACCCAGAACAGUAAUGUUGUGGGCCCGAACACCAAAACAAUAAGCUGCAGGACACAAGGGGAAAUAAUUACAGAUAAAAGCCACGUGCACAAUCAAGAACCAUUUUAAAGGAGGCAAAUUCAUAUUUAUUACCACGGACCCAUUUUUGUCAUUUCUUCAAUUUUCAUCCACGCGAUACUUCAUGAAAGAUCUUUGUUGAAGACGCCUUCGAUAACAUGACCGUACGGGCUCCGUGAUUAAGCAGAGAUGACUGAGGCUUCCAGGUUUUAUUCACGAUGAACAUCGAUGUUCAGCUCACUCAUGGUACUCCUCUGUUUUGGUUUUUCUUGGCACCGCAUUCCAAAGAAUAUCCUGCGACAGUGAGUCGUGACUGAAUGACCUCAAACUGACAUUGAGGCCAGUCUGAAGCAUAGCCACAAGAAGCUUCCUAUACUUUCGGUGCAUAUUUUGAGGGAACAGUUGAACCGAUGCCUCUCAUCUUGCCACUGCAGCAAUGCAGAUUUAUUUCAAAAUGCAUCCAUAUAUCAAGGAUUAAGAUAACGUUGUUUUGUGACAGAAUAUUAAGUGGUCAUGUGAUUUAUUUUGUGCUGUCCAGCUGUUGUAUCAUGAAGCUACGCAUAAUUAAUUAUUAGAAAAUACAAUGUUAUAAAACCAUGUAUUGACACUAAGUGCUAUAAAUGUCAGGUGAAGCGUUAAAGUUCUUCAUUUAUAUUUCUGUCGCCUGUCACCACCAACGCUGCAGGAUUAGAAUUUGUAAAUGUUUUCUGCAGUAUGGUUGACAAAAUGUUCAGCUGAUUUAAAAUAUGUACCGUAAAGCCUUAUUCAGCAUUCUGUUCUUUCUUGCAAAAAGUUAAUUUAAUUGUUUUGUUGAAAAAAAUGCUUGAUCUUUAAAUGUUUUCCCAUGUUGUGUUUAUCAGAUACAGUAUAUAAAGUACCUUAUUAUAUACGUGUAAUAACUGUUUUAGUCUUUAAAUAACAUUCAUACUAUUGUCAUCUGGAAAAUCUCGUAAUUGCUUUGAAAAACAUAUUGUUGUGAUUAGCUUUCAGUUUUAACCCAAUGUUUUGUUUUCUGUGGUUGUUACUACAGAUGUAAACAUUUUAACUCUUU